AUGUCAUUCCUGGAGCCAAAUGCUGAAAUCGGAGCAGAUAUUGUGCGAAAACUGACAGAAGUUCAAGAACUUGGCCAGAAAAUCGUCAGUCUUCGACGUUCUGUUGUUGAUAUGGACAAUAAGCGUUCUAAAUUACGUGAGUCUUAUCAUGCCAUCAAGAGAGACGAGAAAUCUAGCGGGAAGAAGGAGAAUUUUAUUUGUAUUUGCAACGAUCUUAUGGUAGAGUAUCCGAAUGAGUUUGCUCUCAAAUCUUUGAAUGAUGAUGCUCAAAAGUUGGAUAAGCUGAUUGAGGAGACAAGGAAAGAGAUUAAGGAAGCUACUGGAAAGUUAUUGGAGCUGGAAGGAGACCGCGACUUGGUGGACAUGGGAUUUGAUCUGAAGGCUCUAUCGGAUCAGGAUUUUUCGGAAGAAUAA